UCAAGCGAGUGUUCGUCACUUUUGUCUUUCUCUGCGGGAUUAAAAGUGACAAACAUCUUUUUGUUUCGUGCUGACAUCAUGAACUUGUUUUUAUUCGUUCUUCUGGUCGUGCAAAUGCACAGCGUGACGCCUGUGAUUCACACGCUGCAGUAUUUCUACACUGCGUCCUCUCAAGUUCCAAACUUCCCAGAGUAUGUGAGUGUUGGUUAUGUUGAUGGAGUUGAGAUUAGUUACUAUGACAGCAACAUCAGGAAAGCAGAAUCCAAACAGGACUGGAUGAACAAAAUCACAGCAGAGGAUCCAAAAUACUGGCAGAGAGUAACAGAGAUCAGUGUUGUUAAUGAGUUAAUUGCCAAACACAACCUUGAAGUUCGUAAGAAGCGUUUCAACCAAACUGGAGGUUUGUUUAUGUUGAACUUUCUACUACUUCAAUAUAUUUGAUGUACUCUUGUUAUACUGUAGUAAAACACACAUUACUGCACUGAUAUACCUUGUCUCUGUCCAUCCCAUAAUAACCUACACAAAUACUGUGUGUGUGUGUGUGUGUGUGUGUGUGUGUGUGUGUGUGUGUGUGUGUGUGUGUGUGUG